UGACGAGUACACUCCUCUCGCUCUCUCUGACGCUCGCUCACAGUCUCACAUCCGCCGCAAACAUGGCAGACGAGCUGGAUGUUGUUGAUAUCGAGGGAGAUGAAUGUGAUGAAAGAGUCGGCGACCUGAGCAGUGCUGAGAUUCUCCAGGAUCAGUACUUACAGUCUGCUUGGAAGACAAACAGCAGUAUAAUGCCGUGGACGCAGGACAGCUCCAUCAGCGAUGAGAACAGACAGGCCAUCGAGAGCAUGCUGCUGGAGGAACAGUAUUAUUUUGCCAGUAAGAAAGCACCAAAGGUGGCAUGGACCAAUGAGAAGACUAAAGUCAAAAAGACUUUGGUGAAGAGUUCUGGAGCUCAGACUCGUUGGGUUGAAGAGGAGAAGGAUCUCUUUGAGGAAGGGCUGGCUCAGUUUGGCCACAGGUGGACAAAGAUUGCCAAACUAAUCGGCACUAGGUCAGUUCUACAGGUGAAGAGCUAUGCUAGGCAGUACUUUAAAAAUAAGUCUAAAACGGACACAGCUGCUGAAGUGCCCUCCUCUAAUGUGACCUCAGACGCCACGUCUGUGUCCUCGAUCCAGCCUCACAUCUCAGCCCUGAACAAUGCUGUGCGCAUCGAGCAGCUUUCAGAUGAUGAAGAUGUGGACAUCACUGAUGACUUCAGUGACGAGGGGCUUCAGUCUGAAAACCAGCCAGAGCCCCCAGGCUCCCCAGAGCGCAACCACAGAGAAGAACCCAGUCCACUGCCACAUCCAUCAGACCUACUUUUAAACCCUCUGUCUGAAUCAGGAAGCACAGCUGAAGAUGGACCCAGCGAUCCAGACACUGGCAUCACUCAUACUGGCAUUGAUCCUGAACAAAAGGAGCAAAGUGGGACAUGUUUCUCUAAAUCAGACAGUCCAGGCAAACACAGUGUGUCUGAGGAGGAGAGCACUGAAAGCACAGAUAAGACUGAAUCAGGUGAAUGUCCUGAAGAGGAGGAGGAAGACCAGGAAGAGGAGGAGGAGCUCAGAGUUCCUGAACAGGAGCUUGUAUUGGACUUAAACACCAUCACAGAUGAGGAGAAGCAUGCCAUCCCAGAAUUCUUUGAAGGACGUUUAUCAAAAACUCCUGAGAGAUAUCUAAAAAUCCGCAAUUACAUCCUGGACCAGUGGGGGAGAAGUAGACCCAAAUACCUGAAUAAGACGUCGGUGCGUCCAGGCUUGAAGAAUUGUGGGGAUGUCAACUGCAUCGGUCGGAUACACACCUACCUGGAGCUCAUUGGAGCCAUUAACUUCAACUGCGAUCAGGCAAUCUAUAACCGUCCGCGGCUGGUUGAUCGCUCUCGGCUAAAGGAAAACAAAGACAGCCUGGACACGUAUCAUCUUGCCCAGAGACUGCAGUCUGUGCGCACAAGGAAGCGGCGCAUUCGGGACAUGUGGGGGAACUGGUGUGAUGCUAAAGAUCUAGAGGGUCAGACAUAUGAGCAUCUGAGCGCAGAGGAACUGGCCAUCAGGAGAGAGAAGAUGAAGAAGAAAGGACCAAGACCAUCUAAACUAGCCAAGCAGAGAGGCUCUUUUGAUCCAUUCCAGCUCAUUCCAUGCAAAGCUUUUGGAGAGGAAACCGAGGAGCCGUUCAGAGUGAUCGUUUGUGCUGAGGCUCUUAUCAUCAUGGACAUACAUGCUCAUGUGUCCAUGGGAGAGGUAAUUGGCCUUUUAGGAGGAACAUAUGAAGAGGACGAGAAGGUGUUAAAGAUCUGUGCAGCAGAACCAUGCAACAGCCUGAGCACAGGUCUGCAGUGUGAGAUGGACCCCGUCUCUCAGACUCAGGCCUCGGAGCUGCUCGGGGUCAAAGGUCACAGUGUGGUUGGUUGGUACCACUCUCAUCCGGCCUUCGACCCCAACCCCUCUCUCAGAGACAUUGACACUCAGGCCAAAUACCAGAGUUAUUUCUCUCGAGGAGGUGCUCCGUUCAUCGGGAUGAUUGUCAGCCCGUAUAACUCGAGUAACCCAUCUCCCCUGUCUCAGACCACCUGUCUGCUGAUACAGGAGGAGACCGGACCCUCUGGACCUCAGAGGUUUCCAUACCGGUUUAACAUCCAGUACUCAUCUGAGCAUCCUGAUUGGUCAGAAGUGAUGAGAAGAGCAGAAUGGGUAGUGUUCAAGUACAGGCUGUCUCAUGGGAGUGUACCAAUGGACAGGCUCUUCCGCAGAGAUUCUUCUCUGACUUGCCUGGAAAAGAUGCUUACAUCAAUUCAGAAGAUUUUGGAGCAGGUCUCAGACACUGACAUAGAGACUUUUCUGGUACAGAUCGAAACCUUGUUUAACACACACUUUCUCCCCAAGACUGGCUCUUCCUCCUCUCGUGUUCAGGAAACAGUUACGCAGCCUCCGUUACUGUCAUUCAUCUCCUCAGAGCCAAUCAACAGCAGCCAGGCCACCUAUGAGUCUGACAGCCCAGAUGAACUGUACACUACAAGACCUGUCAGCCACGUUAAAAGCUGUAAUGAAGACGAGGAUGUACCUGUUACACAGGCUAUCAGUACAGAAACUGUGUAAAUAAUAGCAAUAAAUCUAUUACCUCAAUGGAAAAACUUGACACACAGAAAUCUGCUACUCCAGAAAACAAAUGUAUCAUCAUAGCUGUAACAUAACCUCCAUGUAGAUUUUUAUAUUUAUAAAAAAACAUUCCUCGUU